AUGGCACCUGCUAUCAAAAAGGAAGACGAAAAGCCAGUUGCUGUUGAUCAAGGCGAUCAAAUGGAUGUCGAUGAAACAUCUGAAGUCGAGGAACAAGAAGAGGAGGAGGAAGAGAACUCGGACGAGGAAAUGGAUGAAGAGCCUGACUUGGUUGUUAGUGCUGAUAAAAUUGAAAUUGUUGGAACUCAUGGUGAUCCCACUGCCAUGACCUUCUGUUUCAAGGAAGAAGAUCACACUCUUGGUAACGCACUGAGACAUGUCAUCAACAAAAACCGCGAUGUCGAUUUCUGUGGUUACUCUAUUCCUCAUCCUUCAGAAGCCAAGAUGAAUGUUCGCAUUCAAACAACAGACAACACAAAUGCGAUAGACGCUUUGAAGACAGGCCUUCAAGAUUUGUACGAUAUGGUUGCCCAUGUCCGUGAAGCAUAUGUCGAGGAUUUGGAAAAGAAGGAGUAUGUCGAAUUCGAGGAAGUUGCAUAG